AAGCCCGUCUCUCCUCGCUCUCGUCGUCUCGCUCGCUCCUGCUGACGACGAUCAUGCCCACCGCCGUCGCCGCCGCGGCGAGCCCCAAGCCGCGGGACACCGGACGCGGCGGACACCACCGCCGCCGCCGCCGCCGCCGCAGGGCCGGGAAGAGCAGGGCCGCGGGCGCCAAUGCGGGGGCCGGCGAGGGCUCCGAGGAGAGCGCCCGCCCCGGCCCCGACCCCCGCCCCCAGGUGGAGGUGGAUUACGUGCCGGAGAAGCCCGGCCUCGGCGCCGACGACCCCCCUCCUCCUCGGCGCCUUCGCGGCCGUCUUCGAGAAAUUCGGCCUCACGGGCCCCGCCGCCGCCGCGCCCGCCGAGGUCUCCGGGCCCUCCUUUCCCCCGGCCGAGGGCGAGGAGAAUGAGAGGGAAGGCGAUGCGGAUGCCGCGGUGAACAAGGGGCCAGAUGCUGCUGCUGCUGCUGAGCAGGAGGCCCCAAAGAAGGAGGAGGAAGCAGCUGUCCUGUCGAAGAAGCAGAGGAAGCAGCUGCGGAGGGUGAAGAUUUCAGAGCUGAGGCAGAUGUGCAGCAGGCCUGAUGUUGUUGAGGUCUGGGAUGGUAAUGCCCCUGAUCCGAAGUUGCUCGUAUGUCUCAAGUCCUGCAGGAACACCGUGCCUGUUCCGAGACACUGGUGCCAGAAACGAAAGUACUUGCAGGGAAAGAGGGGUUUGCAAAAACAACCGUUCCAGCUUCCUGACUUCAUUGCUGCAACUGGAAUUGAAAAAAUAAGACAGGCAUACUUUCAGAAGGAGAACAAAAAGACAUUCAAACAGAAGCAGCACAACCGUAUGCAGCCCAAGAGGGGGAAUAUGGAUAUGGAUUAUGAGGUUUUGCAUGAUGCAUUCUUCAAAUAUCAAACAAAACCCACAUUGACUGGUUAUGGUGAUCUGUAUUAUGAAGGGAAAGAGUAUGAGCCGAAGCUUAAGGUAAUGAAACCAGGUAUGCUGUCCCAGGAGCUUAAAAAAGCUCUUGGUAUGCCUGAUGGUGCCCCGCCCCCAUGGGUUACCAGGAUGCAGUUCUUUGGUCCUCCACCCUCUUAUCCUCAUCUGAAGAUCCCAGGUUUUAAUGCCUCAAUCUCUCCUGGAGACAGUUUGGGUGAUGGACCUGAUGAGGAAGAACCUCUCGAUCGCAGCAAACACUGGGGAGAUUUGGACGAAGACGAGGAUGAAGAGGAAGAAAAAGAGGAGGAACUAAUUAUUCAUGAGGAAAUAGAAGAAGGUAUUCGGUCUAUUGACACCAUCUCAAGUACUCCGGCUGGUGUGGAAGCACCUGAUGUUAUUGACAUUCAGAAGUUGAGGAAGGAGUCAGAUAACCAGGCAGAAAGGCCAUUAUACCAGGUUCUUGAACAGAAAGAAGUAAGGAUCACCCAUAGGGCGGUGUUCGCAUCGAGCCACGCAUAUGUUUCCCUGGCCAAACCUACCGAGUACGUGCUGGUUGGAGCACAAGGUACACCGUCAUCACCAGGCAGCAAUUUUGGUGAUGGACCUGGGGAGUUAGGAAAGCCUCCAACUGACGAGGGAGGACCUAUUGGUCGCAGCAAAAACUGGGGAGAACUGGACGAAGAAGAAGAGGAAGAGGAGGAAUUGGAAGAUGGGAAAAUAGAGAAGGGCAUUCUAGAAGAGGAAGAGGAGGAAUUGGAAGAUGGGAAAAUAGAAAAAGGCAUUCUAGAAGAGGAAGAAGAGGAUGAGGUACUGGAAGAUGGGGGAAUAGAAAAAAGCAUUCUAGAAGAGGAGGAGGAGGAGGAACUGGAAGAGGGGGGAAUAGAAGAAGGCACUCUGGAAGGGCUGGAGGAGGAGGAACUGGAAGAUGGUGAAAUAGAAGAAGCUACUCGGAAAGCAGAAGAGGCGGAGCUGGAAGAUGGGGAAAUAGUACAAGGCAUUCGGCAAGAGGAAGAAGAGGAGGAGGAACUGGAAGAUGGGGAAAUUGUAGAAGUCAUUCGGCAGGAGGAAGAGGAGGAGGAGGAACUGGAGGAGGGGGAAAUAGUAGAAGGCAUCCGGCAAGCGGGAGAGGAGGAGGCGGAGGCACUGGAAGAGGGGGAAAUAGUAGAAGGCUUUUGGUCUGGUUACACCAUCUCAAGCAGACACUUGGGAUUCACUUGGCCUUUUGGUUGUGGCAGCAGUACUCCAGCUGGUGUGGAAACACCAGAUGUUAUCGACCUCCGGAAGCCAUGGAGGAAGGAGCCUGAGAAGCAGGCAGAAAUGCCAUUAUACCAGGUUCUUGAACAGAAGGAAGAAAGAGUUGCCUUUGCCAGUGCGAUGUACUUGUCGAGCCACAGGUACGUGCUGGUGGGAGCGCAAGAUAAACCGUCGACAUCAACAUCAUCAUCAUCAGGCCUAAAAAGUAAAAGGAAGCAGAGGCUGGAGAGGGUGGACGUCACGAUCCACCCCGACCAGCUCGACGCCGUAGAAGACGCCCUGGCGGCCAAGUAAGAUCAGACCAGCGUCUCUCGCCGUCGCAAUCCUGCGGCACUAUGUGACCGUAGUGGGGUUGUGGUGGACAGGUACAGGGAGCCCCGUGUUGUUGGUACACUAAGGAUGUAGAGUUUGGUUGGUAGAAAGAUGGCGAGUAAGAUGCGGUGCAUUGCAUGUGAUGGGAUGGGAUAGGCGAUUGGUUGGCUGUCUACUCCCUACACCGACUGAUUGGUGUAGGGGUGUCCAAACUAUUCCAUUCUGAGUAUACAUCUUGAGCACGAGCC